CUGGAAGAUCAACUGGAAGUGCCUGGGGCUGUUUCCCUGCAGAUUGGAGUUACUGCACACUGCCCGAAAGCCCCGCCUGCCCUUGGGGCUGCCUGCCUUUGGGGCCGCCCGCCCCUUCUGAUCCCCUUUGUGGGAGAGAGACCUGUCCAAGCAGAGCCGGGACUACAUCUCCCAGCGUGCCUGGCAGAGUGGCGGCCUCCGUGCGCCGGCUGCACCGGUUGCGGGCAACAAUGCAGCGGGCAGUGAGCGUGGUGGCCCAUCUGGGCUUGCAGCUGAAGGCGCUCCCGUCGGCCCUGGGCCGUCCGUUCAGUUGUGCACAGGUGGGAUCGAGGGUGCUGGGGCGUGGUGCCAAUUUUGGAGGUGGGGGAGGGAGGAGGGUGGAGGCCGGGACAGGUGGCCCUGAACCCAGCCACCCGCAGGAUGUGCUCCGCAGGACACCACUCUAUGACUUCCACCUGGCGCAUGGUGGGAAGAUGGUGGCGUUUGCAGGCUGGAGUCUGCCUGUGCAGUACCGGGACAGCCACGUGGACUCACACCUGCACACACGCCGGCACUGCUCGCUCUUUGACGUGUCCCACAUGCUGCAGACCAAGAUACUUGGUUGUGAUCGGGUGAAGCUGAUGGAGAGUCUAGUGGUUGGAGAUAUUGCAGAGCUAAGGCCAAACCAGGGGACACUGUCGCUGUUUACCAAUGAGGCUGGAGGCAUCUUAGAUGACUUGAUUGUGACCAGCACCUCUGAGGGGUACCUGUAUGUGGUGUCCAACGCUGGCUGCUGGGACAAGGACUUGGCUCUCAUGCAGGACAAGGUCAGGGAGCUUCAGAACAUGGGCAGUGACGUGAGCCUGGAGGUGGUAGAUAAUGCCUUGCUAGCCCUGCAAGGCCCCACUGCGGCAAAGGUUUUGCAGGCCGGCGUGGCAGAUGACCUGAGGAAAUUGCCCUUCAUGACCAGUGCUGUGAUGGAGGUGUUUGGUGUGUCCGGCUGCCGUGUGACCCGCUGUGGCUACACAGGGGAGGACGGUGUGGAGAUCUCGGUGCCGGCGGCGGCAGCAGCCCGCCUGGCAACAGCUCUGCUGGAAAACCCAGAGGUGAAGCUGGCGGGGCUGGCGGCCCGGGACAGCCUGCGCCUGGAGGCAGGCCUCUGCCUGUAUGGGAGUGACAUCGAUGAACACACCACACCUGUAGAAGGCAGCCUCAGCUGGACAUUGGGGAAGCGCCGCCGAGCCGCCAUGGAUUUCCCUGGAGCCUCGGUCAUUGUUGCCCAGCUGAAGGGCAAGGUGCAGCGGAGACGUGUGGGGUUAAUGUGUGAGGGGGCGCCGAUGCGGGUGCACAGCCCCAUCCUGAAUACAGAGGGCACUGUGAUUGGUGCUGUGACCAGUGGCUGCCCCUCUCCCUGCCUGAAGAAGAAUGUGGCCAUGGGUUAUGUGCCCUAUGAGUACAGUCGGCCAGGUACCCCGCUGCUGGUAGAGGUGCGGCGGAAGCAGCAAAUGGCUGUGGUCAGCAAGAUGCCUUUUGUGACCACAAAUUACUAUACCCUCAAGUGAAAGUGGCUUGGGACAGGGCCCCUCCCAUCCAGGAGCCUGGACCUGGAGGGCAUUCUACAAGGGUUAGUCAAGAAGCUGAAGCUGAAUACAUUGGGGGUAGGUGGCUAGGGUGGAGGUUGGUUCUGGUUAUCUGGUUGAGGGCGGCCCAUAACACCUGUUCCCACCCCCCUCCUGUGCCUCUCUAACUUUAAGAGCAAGGGACCAGCUCAUGCAAUGUCAGCCUGUGGUUCCACGGACCCUGUUCUCGUCUGCCUGCUGGAGGGCUGUGGGAAGCUUUAGUUCGGCAUCUGUCCCUUCCACUCUGCCACGUGCUGGCUGUGGAGCAGAGGUUCACAUUUAGGGAGGGGAUAAGGCCCGCCCAGCCUACCUCACCAUGGUUUCUCACACUGCAAGGGGCUUAUUACCUUGGGUAGUGCCAGCCACCUCCUUCAGUUUACUUUCCAUGAAUGCAGACUGGGGCCUCUCCCUGGGUAGGAAUGAUUCCUGACUCACCAAGGGCUGGCCCUGUAGGGCUGCUGUGCCUGUGUAAACUCGGGGACAGCUGAGGAGGCACAGACUCACUCUUCCACAUUCCCAAGUUAGCCCAGCCUGCUGCCCAGUAGCAAACCAUGCCAGGCUCACCACCUGUCCUGAGCCCCAGGGCUGUUGUAGGACAGGCUGGGCCUUCUCCUGGACUUGACUUACCCUGGCUGCCCUUUGCCCCUGGUGCCCAUUACUGGACUCCACUGACCUCUAAAAAAACAUUAAACGAGCUUCCUUUUCUUCUU